CGGCGUAGGUGGCUGCUCCUUCUGCGCCGCGAUGAAGCGCCCUUGCGAGGAGACGACCUCCGAAAGCGACAUGGAUGAGACCAUCGACGUGGGGAGCGAGAACAAUUACUCCGGGCAAAGUACAAGCUCAGUGAUGAGGUCAAAUUCACCAACCACCACCUCUCAGAUUAUGGCGAGAAAGAAAAGGAGAGGGAUAAUAGAAAAAAGGCGUCGGGACCGAAUAAAUAACAGUCUAUCUGAAUUGAGACGACUAGUACCAACGGCUUUUGAAAAACAAGGAUCUGCUAAGUUGGAAAAGGCUGAAAUAUUGCAAAUGACAGUGGAUCAUUUGAAGAUGCUUCAGGCAACGGGGGGUAAAGGCUACUUUGAUGCCCAUGCUCUCGCCAUGGACUUCAUGAGCAUUGGAUUCCGAGAGUGCUUGACCGAAGUGGCCAGGUACUUGAGCUCGGUGGAAGGCCUUGACUCAUCAGACCCACUGCGCGUGCGCCUCGUCUCCCAUCUCAGCACCUGCGCCUCCCAGCGGGAGGCGGCGGUGAUGACGUCCUCCAUGGCCCACCACCAUCACCCCCUGCACCCACACCACUGGGCAGCCGCCUUCCACCACCUCCCCACAGCCCUGCUCCAACCCAACGGACUCCACACGUCGGAGUCAACCCCGUGUCGCCUCUCGACGUCUUCAGAAGUGCCUCCCGCCCACGGCUCUGCCCUGCUCACAGCGACGUUCGCCCAUGCCGAUUCUGCUCUUCGGAUGCCAUCCACAGGCACCGUGGCACCGUGUGUACCGCCUCUCUCCACCUCUCUCCUGUCUCUUUCGGCCACCGUGCAUGCCGCAGCCGCAGCGGCCACCGCCGCUGCACACAGCUUCCCUCUGUCUUUCGCAGGGGCCUUUCCCAUGCUCCCCUCCAAUGCAGCGGCUGCAGCCGCAGUGGCUGCUGCCACCACCAUCAGCCCACCCUUGUCAGUGUCGGCCGCCUCCAGUCCUCAGCAGACAAGCAGUGGAACAAACAGUAAACCUUACCGACCCUGGGGGACAGAAGUCGGAGCCUUUUAAGUUAUUCUUAUUUCUUGCAAUCGUAACUGAAUGUCCUUCAUUUCAGAAUCAGCUUCAAACCUCUGCACCCUGAAGGUAGCCAUACAGAUACCUACAGAUCCACACAGCAACAAUAAAGCGAUUUGAGAAGCAAACUUCACAAA